AUGUGGUGGGAACUAGAUGGUUCAAGGACCAGUACAGGUCCUAGUGUUUCAAAGACUUCGUAUCAUACCUUCACAUGCAAUCUUCGUGUGUUAUUAGUUGACAAUGACAAGGAAUGCCUCUUCUCUACAGCUAAAAUGCUUGAGACAUCUUCAUAUAAAGUUACUGCAGUUGAACAUGUGUCGACAGCUUUGUCCAUGCUUUCAGAAGGAAAGGAGCACUUUGACCUUUUGCUCGCAGAUAUUGAUCAGUCACCUGACUUGGAUGGCUGUAAGCUUCUCUGUCAAUCGAUUAUCAUGGAAGUGCCAGCAUUUGUAAUGUCGAAUAAUGAAGAUACAAUGCUGGCAAGGAAAGCUCUUGAGAACGGAGCAUUUCUCUUCCUAGACAAACCUGUUAGUAUGGAGAUGCUGACUUACUUGUGGCAACAUGUGUUGAGGGAGAGGAUCAGAAAGAAAAAGAUGCCUGAGAAAGAUAAACUCGGUGAGGUGACAGAUGACAAUGGCAAACAAAAUAAAUCCAAGAGAAAAAUCUUUGCUGAGGACAAAGGAAGUGAAACAAACAAUAAGACAAACAACAGUGGAUCAAAGAGAAGGGAGAGAAGUAAAACACUUGUAGAUAAGGGUCAAGAAUGUGUAUCUGAAGAUAAUGGUAGUGAUAGGAUUAGGAGGAGGCCUUGCACAGAAUGGACUGAAGAACUUCAUGGGAAAUUCAUGGAAGCUGUUCAUCUGCUUGGUGAAGGAAGUAAAAUUUCUUUCAAUUCUUUUUACAAAAUUAUCUCCUAA